CCCCACCCCAAGCACCAUGACCCCUCCGUUGCGCACGGUGCCCCUGGGGCUCUCCCUGAUCCCCAGCACCCCCUAUUCGGUCCUGGUGCUACAGGAGGGGUACAGCCGGGCGCUCCCAGCCAACACCACAUGGGCCGAUGGCACCGUCACGCGGCUGCGGGGCCCCCGGUUCACCCUGGUGGGCUCGGGGGGGCCUUGGGGGAGGCAGUGGCUGCUGGGGCUGCUGGCGGCCCACGGGAUGGCCCAGGGGGACGUGUCCCACGUGGUCUGCACCCACGGCCACUCCGACCACGCCGACAACCUCAACCUCUUCCCCGGGGCCACGCUGCUGGUGGGUUUCCACCUCAGCCGGGGGGAGGGGCUCUACCUGCCCCAUAACCUGGGGGGCGGCGCCCCCUACCCCAUCAAUCAAGGCCACAUGGAGGUGCUGCCCACACCCGGGCACAUGGCCGCCCACACCAGCGUGCUGGUGCGGGCCACGGCUCUGGGCACGGUGCUGGUGGCCGGGGACCUGUUCGAGCAGGAGCAGGACGAGGCCGCCUGGCAGGCACUGAGUGAGGACCCCGCCCAGCAGGAGUGGAGCCACCGGCGGGCGCUGGCCCUGGCCGACGUGGUGAUCCCCGGCCACGGGCCGCCCUUCCGGGUGCUGCGGGCGGAGGGCAGCCCCGGGAGGGGGCAGACGGGGGGGUGAGAUGCCCCCCUGGGACCUGCCCAACUUAAACAGAGCUUGGCG